AUUUGGCGGUUUCUUUUGGCGUCACUUGCAUCUCUUUUCUGCUACAUCAAUGGCAGAAGAUGACCACAUCAAUCCCACAGCAGACUUAUCUUCUUCACUAAAUCAGACUACACUCGAACAAUACAUCAAUCCCUAUUUUUUGCACCAAUCAGAUACGAGCCUUGUUCUUGUAUCAGAUCUGUUGAUAGAGGACAAUUAUACUUCUUGGCGUCGAUCUAUGCUAAUCGCUCUCAAUCAAGAACAAGGUCUACUUCGUUGAUGGCUCCCUCCCACCGUCGACGGAUGAAUUGUUGCAAGCUUGGAUUAUUUGUAACAAUGUAGUUAUCUCUUGGAUUUUGAAUUCCUUAUCAAAGGAAAUUUCUGCCAGCGUGCUUCUCUGUGACUCGGCACGCGAUAUUUGGCUCGAUUUGAAGGAACGAUUCCAGCGGCAAAAUCGUCCUCGCAUAUUUCAAUUACGUCGUGAACUUUCCAAUUUGGUGCAAGAUCAAUUGUCUGUAAGUGCUUACUAUACACGUUUGAAGACUUUGUGGAAUGAAAUUUCUUUUUAUUGGACCCUCUUGUACCUGUGGUCGUUAUACUUGUGGAGGAGUCAAAGCUUCCAUAGCUUUUAAUCAACAAGAACACGUAAUGUGUUUUCUCAUGGGGUUGAAUGAAUCUUUCAGCCAACUACGUGCUCAAUUACUCUUCAUGGAGCCAGAACCAUCGAUUAAUCGGGCGUUCUCACUUGUUGCGCAAGAAGCUCAACAACGUGCAAUUACUGCAUCGAUUUCUCCUACUCCAGUAGCUCUUAUGGUGAAGAACAGUUCUUCUUCUUCGUCUAUCAACAGUCGAGUGAAUUCCUCCAAUUUUCAACCUAAACGAAAGGAUAAACCGGUUUGCUCUCAUUGUGGUCUUGUUGGCCACACAGUAGAUCGCUGUUAUAAGUUACACGGGUAUCCACCUGGUUAUCGCUCAUCUGGCAGCAGAUCCAAUUCUUCAACAAAUUCCAGUGCAUCCACUCGAUCCACCAAUGACUCCGCAAAAUCUGCGCCUUCUUCAAGUUCUUAGGAUGCUUCUAGUUCCUUGGCGUCACUUAGUGCUGAUCAAUGUCAAUGCCUCCUAAAUCUAUUGCAAUCACAUUUGUCCAAAGUGCAAACUAGUCUUGAUACAAACACUAAUCAGUCUCACGUUGCAGGUAUUUGUCACAAUACCUCUUAUUCCAGAAUUUUACAUACACAUUGGGUUGUGGACUCUGGUGCUUCUGCUCAUGUUUGUUUCAACCGGGAUCUAUUUGUUAACCUUGCACCAGUUUCUGGAAUUUCAUUAUCCUUGCCAGAUCACUCUCGUAUCACAGUUGAACUUGUUGGAAGUGUCCAAAUUAGUGCUGAUCUUUUACUCACAAAUGUGAUGUUUGUGCCUACAUUCAGAUAUAAUUUGCUAUCUGUCAGUGCAUUAACAGCCGAUUGUCCUAUAUCUGCUCAGUUCUCUAAUGACUACUGUGUUUCUUUAGGACAAAUUGUCUUUGAAGACGAUUGGCAGAGCUGAUGUUUGGCAAGGAGUUUAUCUUCUUCCGGUUGAGCUGCCUACUUGUGCUUUGACAUCAUCUACUGCUAUUUAUAAUUUUGUCUCCACUUACAAUAUAUGGCAUGCUAGACUUGGGCAUCCAUCCCCUAAAUAUUUACUAGCUUUGAAGAAUAUUUUACAUAUUGAGUCUCUACCUAAACAUGAACAUGAUGAUCCUUGUUUAGUUUGUCCUUUGGCUAAACAGAAACGUCUUUGUUUUGACUCUCAUAAUCACAUUUCUGAUCAACCUUUUGAGUUAGUUCACUGUGAUGUGAUGUUUGGGGUCCAUAUGCUUCAUCUACUCAUGUCGGUUAUAGAUAUUUUCUCACUCUUGUGGAUUAUUGCUCUAGAUAUACGUGGACUUUUUUAAUGAAACAAAAAUCAGAUGCGUUGGUCAUUGUUCCUCGCUUUUUUACACUGAUCAAGAUACAGUUUGGCAAGACUAUCAAAUGUUUUCGGUCUCAUAAUGCCCCCCAGUUAUUAUAUAAUGCCCCCCAGUUAUUAUUUAUUGAAUUCUUUCAUUCCAAAGGAGUUCUCCAUCAGUUUUCUUGCGUUGGUCACUCGGAACAAAACUCUGUUGUGGAGAGGAAGCAAAUUCGUCAACCUUCAUAUUUAAGGGAUUAUCAUUGUGGUUUUCUUGAUUCUUCUUAUGUCACUUCAUCUGGCAUCAAAUAUUCCUUACCCAAUUAUUUGACUUAUGAAAGGUUCUCUAUUUCUUAUAGAAAUUUUGCUCUCAAUAUCUCUACCACAUAUGAACCUCAAUAUUACCACCAGGCCGUGCCUUUCUCUUAUUGGCGUGAUGCUAUGCGUGAUGAAUUACGAGCCAUGGGACUAACCACACAUGGUCUGUUGUUCCACUUCCACUUGGGCAACAUUCCAUUGGUUGCAAGUGGAUUUACAAAAUCAAACACAAGUCUGAUGAAACUGUUGAUCGAUUUAAAGCACGCUUAGUUGCCAAAGGCUACACUCAGCAAGAAGGACUCGAUUACAUUGAAACUUUUUCUCCUGUGGCCAACAUGGUCACUGUUAAAGUUUUGCUUUCCCUUGUUGUAUCUUUAAAUUGGCAUUUAGUGCAGUUUGAUGUUAACAACGCAUUCCUCCAUGGUGACUUAUUCGAGGAGGUGUACAUGGACUUGCCUCUUGGUUAUCAAUAUAAUGUGGUUGCUUCUCAGGGGGAGCGUCUCGUGUGCCUUCUCCACAAGUCUAUAUAUAAGGUUUGAUAAGUUCUCUGAUGCCAUCUUGCUCCUUGGUUUCAAACAGACUAAAUCGGAUUAUUCUCUUUUCAUUCAAGGCUCUGGUGCAUCUUUUGUUGCUCUUCUUGUUUGUGUGGACGACAUCAUUGUUACUAGUGCUUCUUCAUCUCUCAUUGAUAGCUUGAAAGUUCACCUUAAUAAUGUGUUCAAGCUCAAAGACUUAGGACCAUUGAGAUAUUUUUUGGGACUUGAAUUGACUAGGUCAUCUACUAGAAUUUUCUUAUCUCAGAGACAUUAUGCUCUCCAAUUAAUCGAGGAUACAGGUUUUUUGGCUACUAAACCUUGUCCUUUACCCAUGGAUCCUAACAUUAAAUUGUCUGCUUCCGAUGGAAAAUUGUUGGAUGACCCAUCUGUGUAUCGUAGGCUUAUUGGACGUCUCCUAUAUCUUACUAUAUCUCGUCCUGAUAUUACAUUUACUGUCCAUAAAUUGAGUCAAUUUAUGGCUGCUCCACAUACCACACAUUUGGCUGCUGUGCAUUCUCUUAUUCGGUAUUUGAAGGGCUGCCCAGGUCAGGAGAUUUUGUUAAACCCUACUAAAUCUUUUCAACUCCGUGCAUUUGCUGAUGCGGAUUGGGGCUCUUGUUUCGAUUCUCGCAAGUCUACUACCGGUUUUUGUAUAUUUCUUGGUGAUUCCCUUGUUUCUUGGAAAGCCAAGAAGCAAAGUACUAUUUUUCGUUCUUCAACUGAAGCGGAAUAUCGCGCCCUUGCUGCCACUGUUAGUGAGAUUGUAUGGAUUUCUCACCUUUUGACUGCUUUACAGAUACUUGUUCCUCUCCGGCUCUUCUAUUUUGUGAUAAUCAAGUUGCAGUUCAUAUUGCUACUAACCCUAUCAUAUAUUUUUCAUGAGCAGACCAGACAUAUCGAGUUAGAUUGCCAUUUUGUUCGUGAUAAGGUGUUGGAUGAUAUGGAGAAAAAGAGAUGGUGAAAAAAGGUGGGGUUGAUAGUAUUGGACAAUGGAGUGUGUCUGUUCUUGUCUGCCAACAAGUGAUCAAAUAAAUUGAUGUACAUUUUAUUUUAUACAAACAAACAUAUAUAUUAUAUAGCAGUUGUGGUUGUGGAGAUA